AUGGAGAUUCGAGAUACCGAAACGCUCUUCGCCCCCACGGCUCCCUCCUCAGGUGUCGUCGAGGCUACGGUAGUCUCCCCGACCGAGAUUGACGAAGAUUGCUAUCAAAACAUGGACGAGCGCCAAGAAACUCAACAUCAUUACGACCGAGAUGAGCUUGAGGUUCCAAAACUUCGCGCUGACGGAAAUCAAGAUCCUAAAACGCAGGACAAUCUAGACGAGCUCGAAGUACCCCAACUUCCGCUGGACAACCAGAUAUCGCCGCGUCCCUACAAUAUCCGGAUUACGACAGCUUUGAAAGCACUCGCUGAUAAGAAUAUCUCAAUGGUGGAAUACGGGGCUGAAGUUCAGCUUAGAUGCGGUUAUGAGGAGGUCCCGGUGGUCGUGGAAUGGGGAGUGCCUGAUGAACAGCUAUCGCGAGCUUCACAAAUCCUAGUCGAGAACCACUUUCCCCGCCUCUUCACUAGAACUCGAUCGUGGUUUGGGUACUGGGAGACCAGAUGUUUGCGACACGACUUAGAUGGUGCAGGUUGGAUGUGUGUGCACCUUCUCCCACUAUCGUUGGUUGGUUUUACGCUUGAGGAUGCAACUGAACUUCGAAAGCUUCGAAUCGGUGAUGCUAGCCGACUGCGAGUUGAAAAGGACCUCUUGAGUUUCAUAUCUUCUUACAUUCUUCGCGGUCCGCCUGGGCAUAUCAAUCCCGAACUUCUCCAUCGUCUUUUCGAGCAGCAGAGCAAUGAAGAAUUAUUGAAGAAGUUGGACGAAGGGGUCAGGUUCAUAAAGAAAUGGGAUUGGGGCAACGUCGAGGAAACGGACCUGGCCCUGGCUGAACGUGUUGUUCGAGAUUGCCAGUACGUGGGAAAACUGACAGAUGUCACCUGGGACCCUGCAAGGCCUUGCACAACUCCAGAGCCUGUCUCGCCCAUUGAGUGA